GCAGGGAAAUGGAAGUUGUCCUUCAGAAAAUGCCUAGCAGACCUACACUUGACAACGCCGUUUGCAUUGUAAGUUUUGAUGCAAGCUACUCGGAUGAGUACAAGCAAAUAAUCAACGAGACUCUCGGACAAUUUGGAGGAAUUUCUCUCCGAACUCAUGUCAUCAGAAAGCACGCGGAUACUACCGAACUUCCCAAUUGCAGAAUGUACAUAAUGUGUGUUGAGUUCACAAAAAGGCACGUGAUAAUAGAAGAACAAGGUUUGGGACUUGGCGAUCUGAAUCUCACUUUAUAUCGGGGUGUUAGAAACCUAGGAGGGGCUUUGGUGAUAUUGUACGUACAUGACCCCGGCUCGAGGAACCUAACUGACGACCAGCUAUACAGUGAUGGUAUUUAUUGUGUGAAGAAACAACCGGAACUGAAGGAAUUAUGUGAAAUAGAUCGGUUCAUAAGUGCACACAAAACAUUAAACACAGCACAAAAGAAGGCUCUGGAAACUGCUAUAAGUAAUGUGCUAAACAUACAGGCUGAGAGGUACUAAUUGAUGUAUAAACAUUGUAAUAUCUCCUGUGCCAUCUGGUUUCUCGAAUGCCAUUGACAUUUAUGUAUUUUUAGAAGUGACUUUUGAAUGAUUGUGCAUUGUGAGUUUAAUGUUAAGCUUUGAUUGCGGUUUAAAGUAAAUUCAAUUUUAUCUCAUAGUCUGAAAGCGUAUAAAAUUAAUUUCAAGAAAACUUCUGUAAUAUAAUUUCCUUUAGGCAAGACUAUUGAAAACGGGGAAUUGAAACAAAUUAAUGAUUUGUUAAAAAUGUAACAUAUUCGUUGGAGUACUCUACUUUUACAUUUUUCUAUGUACUUAAAAAAGUACGUGAUAUUUAUUUUUGCGUUCUUGUCUACAUUAUCUUCAUAGACCGCCUGGCGAAUUUUGAAGUUGUCUGACAAAACACCCUCAGCAUAACGUGUAUUGCGUAGUAGAGUCAUUCAUGCCAAUAGUAAAAAUAAUCAUAUGAAUUAUAAAACUUAUUUUACUUCUCAAGACAAUACAUUAGACAAGUAUUAUAUU